AUGACCCAGGUCCUCUUCGUGGAGUGCGGCAUUGGCGCGGACCAGCACGGCCAGGACGCGACGAAAGCCGCCGUGCGCGCGUGUCGAAACGCGAUCGAGUUCAACUCGAUCCCGAGCAUACGCGCGGUCGUCCCGGGCGGGUACGACAACAUGAAGCUGCACAUACAUCUCGGGGUCCCGGCCGGGCACGAGGUCGAUCUCGAGAGCGUCAAGGCGGUGUUCCCGUACGGGCGGAUCGUCGAGCCGGUGCGGGUGGACGCGGGGGGGUUGCUCGCGAAGAGCGGGAUCGCCAUCGCGGAGAUGGGCGACGUCAACGACGAUUUCGUGAUCGCCGUCGCGGCGGUGACCGUGGGGUACUGA